AUUAUUUAAUAUUUAUAAACUAUAAAUUUUACGAAAAAUAUACAUCCGCGCGGGCGCGCGGGUCAAAAGCUAGUUUUUGUUUAAUGUUGACUAAAAAAUGUAUUAAAUUCCAAUAGCUCCCGCAUAUUUCACUGACAUAGCGUUUUGUCUUGUAGUAUUGGGCUACCGAUAAGUGGGCGACUUCCACGAGACAGCCUUAGAAAUCAAUCAACAUUUUUUUUUGUUUUCUCUUAAUCACUGGCAAAGGUCAAGUAGGAAGGUUUUCUCUUGCAACUAACAUGGAUAUGCUUCACAUCAUUCUCAAUAUUCUUCUGCCUCCUCUUACCAUCAUUUUCCUUUUCCUCUUCUACCCAAUCUAUCUUUUUAUCAAACUUCUAAAUUGUGUUCGUAAGCAUCUUUGCGUUGAAAAUGUCGCUGGAAAAGUAGUUCUCAUCACUGGAGCUUCCUCCGGCAUCGGAGAGCAUGUUGCAUAUGAGUACGCGAAGAAAGGAGCAGAUCUAGCUUUGGUUGCUCGACGAGAGGAUCGUUUACAUAUAGUAGCAGAGACAUCACGGAAGUUAGGUUCACGGGACGUUAUCAUCAUACCUGGUGAUGUUACUAAGAUUAAUGAUUGCAUGAAGUUCAUCAGUGAGACGAUAAGUCAUUUUGGAAAAGUGGACCAUUUAAUUAAUAAUGCUGGUGUAUCUCAAACUGUUUUGUUUGAGAAUUUCUCCCAGAUUCAAGACGCUAAUCCUAUAAUGGAUACCAACUUCUGGGGCUCAACAAACAUCACUUAUUAUGCAAUUCCCCAUCUACGAAAAAGUAAAGGAAAAAUAGUUGUGAUUGCUUCUGCUGCAGCAAAGAUAGCUAUCCCAGUGGCAACCAUCUAUUCUGCAAGCAAAGCAGCAUUGUUAGGAUUUUAUGAGGCACUGAGAAUUGAACUCAAUCCGGAUAUAAAAGUAACCAUUGUUUUUCCUGGACUAAUCUCCACGGAUAUGACAACUCCUGAGAUUAUAAAAAGACACGGUUCAGAUUUUAUGGUAUCGGAGCCAGUUAGUAGAUGCGCGAAAGCAAUUUUCCAAGGUGUUUGUAGAGGAGAAGAAUACGUAGAAACACCAAGUUGGAUCAAGUGGUUCUUUUUGGUGAAGUCAGUGUGUCCUGAAGUAAUCAACUCCAUCUUCAACUAUUCUUUCCUCCAUUUUAUCAAACCUUAUUUCAAACGUGAAUGAUAAAAGGAACAAAUACAUAGUUCUUUUAGGGCAUAGAGGUUGAAACCGCAAUGCAAAAGCUUGGACUCAUCAUCAUUGGAGUUUGCAUAAUGGUUUGGAUUGGAACAUUCUUUUUCAUAAACUUUGGAGAUUUUACAUUUAUCUAAUUUAAGUAGUGGUACUUUUGUU